AUGGCUCCCAAAGCUGCUUCUGCGAAUACCUCAGACUCGGGUGCGGGCGCUUCCUCCAAACCCGCUGGGACUUGGGACAAUAUCGCCUUGCUCAACGAUCUUCUCGUCGCCUUUUAUCAGGUGGGCAAUCAGGCGGGCAACUUCAAUCCGCAGGUCAAUGACGCGGUGGUCGCCUUUCUGAAGGGCCAGGGCCACGAAACCUCGUGGAGUGCCAUACGGUAA